GAAAUUUCAUUUUAUAGUGAGCUAUCCCUUUAAUAAUUCAUUUUAAUAAUUUGAAACGCAUCCCAUUUGUCUCUUUUUUGUUUAUUCUGGAAACUAAAGAAAAUGUAGAUUUAUGAAUAUAAUAUUUUGACAAUAAAAUAAAUACAUUUCCUAUAUAUUCUAUAUUUGGUUUACAAUGAGAAAACAUCCCAUUGGGCUCCAAUGCACCUGCCCGUGCGAUGUGACGCAAUGUGACAUCAUGAAAUGGGCGUGUCUAAUAACCUGAGCGCGCUGUUGUUCGAGCUCCUCGAGCAUUAUACGCAGGUGUGCUUUCCUGUAUCUCCAUCCCGCAAAGAUUGCAUUUCACCUGCGUAACACAGGACUUGAAUUGAUGCAUUCAUAAGUAGAGAAAAGGGAAGGUCAAGUCUGAAAGAACAAUGCUGAAAAGAUGUCAGUGAUCUAAACCAUUUAGGACUGGAGACCUUGUUGCUGAGGUUAAAGGCGCAGAUUUCUUUUGAAGAUAAGUCCUAGUUGCACCAGCAGAUAAAGACAUGGACUCUAAUCUUGGAGAAAUGGACAAAAAUGGAGAGGAUCCGACAGGUAGGAAGAAGUCACGGUUUAAGCAGCUGAAGACACGUUUUUUUGGGAAACUGAAGAAGAAGGAAAAUGAAGGUCUGAUGAAGCAAAGCCAAUCGGCCAGUGACAUCACUGCCCCAGAAGGCGAAAGAGAAAGCUACGAUUCUGAGGAUGACUUUUUGUAUCCUCAGUGCCUAAGCUCCAGAGCGCUUUCUCACGACAGCAUCUUCUUUACUGACCAGCCACAGUCCACAGAACCAACACGGGUUCUUUCACAAGAGAACGUGCAUGGAAAAAUCAAGGCCCUACAGUUGAAACUACAGCAGCAGAACUUACGUCUAGGACCUCCUCCAAUGCUGAUACCUGGCAGACGCACAGAAGACUCAGGAGCAACUUCAGAGGAUGACGGCUUACCCUGCAGCCCACCUGAGAUGUCCUUCCAUGAGCAAGUGAUGCAGGACGCCGUGUACAAGCAUCCAGAGUAUCAGAAUCAUCUGAGCUCCUUGAGUUUAGCAGGAACAGGAAGUGAAGAGGAGGAACAGGGUGACACUUUCCAGCCAUCAUCAAGACCUAUGUCCCCAGUUUCUAAGCCAAUCAUCUGCCCAACCCCAGCCACACCCCCAGCGGGAGUUGACUUCAAUAGCCCUGUGAGUUGUGCACCCGUCCUGGAUAACUCAGCUGCCCGCCAUCGCAUGUCAGUCAAACCGAGGAACCAGCGAGUCAGCACAAGGGCCAAUAGAGGGCCAACGGUAUCUAUCUCUCCAAGGCAUCGUUCAGAGAGCGUCAAUGAUUUAGACAACAUUCUGUCCGAGGAGGACGAUGAUGAUGAUGAUGAAACCAUGACUUCUACAGAGACCAUGCGCCAACGGUUAUAUUCCUCACCGACUCUGAAGCUGAGAGAGAAACCUACUUCUCCCGAACCGAAAGCAACCACUCCAUUACUGUCGGUGCAGAACGAGGAUGAUAAACCUACCGAAAUUAAUUUUCUGUCGACACUAAAAUCCGAUGUGUUAAUUGAAUCUCAGGUGAAGGUCACCAAUAAUCCUCUCUAUCUUCAGCCCAUGUUGUCCGGGUUGUCCUCAGGCAGAGCAUCACCUGUAGGAUUCCUAGAAUCCACACAAAUAUCGAAGGAAACUGAACCAUUAAGGGCCCAUUCACCCAUCCAGAAUCAUGACACCAACAAGAUCCAAAUUUCUGAUCGAUUUUGGAAAUCAAGUGAAAAUCUUGUGUGUAGCACAGACAAUAUGAACAAAGAUGGGAACCAACCAGAAACAUCCUUCAGACUACAUCCUGUGACUCACAUCAAAAAUCCUAAAUUAGAAAUUAGGAGCCCUUCUUCUCCAAAAGGAACCAUAGAUGCUUCAACAAAGCCUUGGGAGGUUGGACUAGAACCUUCUACACCUGAACUAUCUCCUAAAGGAGCAUCUGGAUCCCCUUCAGGAAAAGACACACAGACGCUUAACUCUGCAUCAUUUCAGUUCUCCAUUGCAUCUGCAAAGUAUCGCUCCAAAACAACGCAUAAUGAGGUCAAUUUGAAAGGUGCUUCGGGAAUCAAGAUCCAAUCUGUCAAACCCAACCCAGAACCACAGAAAGAUGAAGGAAGGGAGAUGAAACCAACAGAGUUGCAGAAUUACCACCAAUAUCAGACGCAAGAGACAAAGAGCAGUUCUCAUAGAGAAGUCAUAUCUCCUACUAUGUCCAAACCAACACCGGGAAACCAUCUUAAGAAGAAUGAGACGUCUACAGAACACGUGGAAGCAGAGAAAACAGAGGAACCCGAGGACAGGAAGAAUGCUUUUGGUGUGCAGCUUCGCACCACCUCGCUGUCUCUGAAAUAUCGAUCUGAUUUUAACAAACUUAAGGAUGAAACCAAGCGAUACAGUUAUGAAUCAAACCAAAUGCUAUCCGUCUCACAAGAGCAUGCUUGGAAAGCAGAGAUGCAAAAUAAUACAUCUGAUGGCAAUUCCAGAAGUAAGCCCAGUGUUCCCAGAAAACAAGAUUCACAGAAUCUGGAAUCCCAGUUCACGGCCACAGACAAUGUUAGACCAUCUACCCAAGACACAAUAGGAUCAAGCAAAGAUGCUGAAUCUAAGCCAGGCUGGAUGAGUUUAGCUAGAGAGAAGACCAAAGUUUACCACCCUCUCUUGAGCAAGUCACCGCAAAUCCUCUCUCCAACAGUACCUUCCUUGCAAAAACCAACCUUUCCACCGAAAACACAGCCUUUAACCCAUUUUCCAAUGAAAACACAACACACGUUGAACACGACGAAUCAGAUGAGCACACAACAGUCUUCACAAUUAACACAGAAACCUCUCUCCAAACUGGCUCCUAAUGGGAACAAAGAGAAGCCGAUCUCACCUGGCCGGAGAAUAGAGAACCCAUUUAGCCAAACAGCAGGUGGAGGAAGACUAGCAGACAAUAAGGAUAAAGGCACACCUGCAGUCAGGAACACUACACCAGAAGCUGAUGCACAGAAGAAAGCAACAGUCUUCAACAAGAUGGAUGUGACCACUAGACAAGAGCCCAUCACACCUGUCAACACAGAAGCACCUGCUGUUACAUCUGAGCCUUCACCGGCAUCAUCAUCUUCAGAGGUCUCUCAUCACCUGCAGCCUCGGUCAGAUGGAGCUGAGCCGUCCUGGAUGGAGCUCGCUAAGAGAAAGUCUUUGGCUUGGAGCGAUAAGACGUUAGAAUGAAGAGACGGACAUAUGAAGUGCUAGAAUGUUACGAUUAAUGAAUGUAAUAUUGUGUAAAUACCGAAGAAAGAUCACUGUGUGCUGCUAAAUUGUUUUGUUUAUAAUUCAUCGGCAGACACUUUUAUCCAAAACAAACUAUGUUGCAUUCAAUCUAUCAUUUUUUUGUAGUACAUGUAUUCCCCAGGAUUGAAACCCAUGGCCUUUGUAUUGCUAAUUCAAUGUGUCUACCAUUUGAGCACCAUACAGCUCUUGUUAUUCUUCAAUGAUCAAGUCUUCCUAUAUAUGAAAUGUAAUUAUUAAAGAACUUUAUCAGUA